AUGUGCGAAACAAAGAACUUCUAUCUUUGGCUUCUCCAAAUUGUAAGCCUUUUGGGCCUUCUUGUCCUCUGUUUAUGGCUAGGUUUACGUCCCCAGAACCCAACUGUUGCCGUUGUGGAAAUCUCAGUUCCACCCAUAGAUAAUAGCUCUUCACCAGCCGCUGAUGGAAAACAGAAUGGCUCCCUCGCAUAUAACCUUGAAAUUAAAAAUCCAAACAAAGACUCUAUUAUCUGGUUUGACGUUAUUUCACUGACAUUCUUCCAUGGCCAGGAUACAGCUGCAACAGAUAGAAUUUCUUCUUUCAAAUUACGAAAGGAUGCCACUCAAUAUAGGGCAAAUCAUUUGGAUGUUGAUGGGCGUGUAUGGAAAGCUCUUCGCAAUGCAUUAUCAAAUGCAACGGCUGAAUUAAAAGUGGAGUUUCUAACUGGAAUUCGGUUUAAGACUAUAGGCAUUAAGAGUAAGCAUCAUAAGAAUCACAAGUUGGAAGGUAAAGUGAAGCUUGGUAAGGAUGGGAAGAUUUCAGGUAAGAAGAAGAAGAUUAAACUAAAGCAUUCAUCCAAGAAAUGGAGAAUAAAGCUGGGUUCUCAAUUCAACUGA